AUGUUACAUUCCACUCAACCGCAUUCUGUUUGCAGUGAGAGUUGUCCCCUUGGAUUCAGGAAAGCGUUAAUAAAAAGCAAGCCUGUGUGUUGCUUUGAUUGUUUACCCUGCUCAGAUGGGGAAAUAGCUAACAAAACUGCCGAUAUGAAAAACUGUUUGAAGUGUACUGAUUACCAGUGGUCCAAUGCAGGAAGAAAUAUGUGCAUCUCCAGAACCAUAGAGUUCCUUUCUUAUGAGGAAGCCUUGGGCAUAUCAUUAUCUACUAUUGCCAUUGUCUUUGCUGUUAUUACCCUAGGGGUAUUGGUCAUCUUUAUCUGCCACAGAGACACAGCCAUAGUUAAAGCGAAUAACAUAAAUCUGACUUAUACUCUGCUUAUAUCUCUCAUAAUGUGCUUUUUAUGUUCAUUGUUAUUCAUUGGACGCCCAGUGGCCCUUACCUGCUUUUUUCGGCAAGCAACCUUUGCAAUAAAUGUCACCAUCUCUGUUUCCUCAGUAUUGGCCAAAACUACAACUGUCCUUAUUGCCUUCAAUGUCACAAAGCCUGGUGGAAGGGGAAGAAAAUAUGUGGGAUCCAGAGUAUCCUGCUAUCUUGUGUGUUUCUCUUCAAUGGGAGAAGCUACCAUAUGUCUCUUAUGGUUUGUAAGCUGUCAACCAUUUCCAGACUUUGACACCCAGGAGCAAUCUGCUAAGAUGAUAUUAAGGUGUAAUGAGGGCUCAGUAAUUGCAUUCUACGUUGUAGUAGCGUACAUUGGACUUUUAGCUGCUUUAAGCUUUAUAGUGGCUUUUCUAGCAAGAAAAUUACCCAAUAGUUUCAAUGAGGCUACACAUAUAACUUUUAGUAUGUUGGUAUUUUGCAGUGUAUGGCUGUCUUUUAUCCCAGCUUAUCUGAACACUAAAGGAAAAUAUAUGGUGGCUGUUGAAAUUUUUGCCAUAUUGGCUUCUAGUGCAGGGUUAAUGGGCUGUAUAUUUAUUCCUAAAUGCUACAUAAUUAUCAUAAGAGCAGAUCUCAACACCAAAGAAAAACUGAGAGUAAAAAAAAAGUAA